AUGGCGACUCUGAAAAGUUGUGCAGGAGGGAAAGGAAGUUCCAAGAAGCAGACGUCUAUUUCAGGUUACGUACACUACUCACAUCUUCAGCUAAUUCAGAAGAUCUCUAUACGCGUGGCAGUUCACGCUGUUUUUCAUACGAUAGGAUUCUUCUCCCGCGGUCAAGUUUCUGACAACUCGCAAAAGUCUGAAGAAGUUCAAGGAACAGUCGAGUUAGAUUCAGAAGUCAGCCUCACUGAUGGUCAAGGCACCGAACAAGUGACACCUAGCGAGGUUUCUACCGCUGCUGGGCCUUCCAGUGGAUUGGUUCUAGAAGCCGCUAACGUUCUAGUAGGCCCUCAUCAACCUCGAUCCAAAGAUUUGUUUGGUGGAAGUUUUCCGAGGAGGCAAAUUUUGCGUCAGCGAAGAAGUUUUCAGGAGACUUGGUAUUCCCAGUUCCCUUGGCUGGAGUAUAGUGAGAAGGUGGAUUCUGCAUUUUGUUUUGCGUGUCGCCUAGCUGAGCAGAGCGGAAAGCAUGGCCACUACGAUGCAUGCUUUACUGAAAGAGGCUUUCGAAACUGGAAAACGGCACUAGAUGACUACAGAAAGCACGAGUCUUCGCAUGUGCACUGCUUGGCGGCAGCUGUGUGGAAUCAGGCAAGACAUGUUGCCGAAUCGGGCACGUCUGUAGCCCAGUCUGUCAGUACUGCGCACCAAUUAAGAAUAACCUUGAACAGACGAAAUCUCGGGAAAGUGUUUGAAACUAUCCUUUAUCUUGGGCGACAGUCUAUUGCUUUGCGUGGACAUGACGAAACGGAAGAUUGCACGAACAGAGGGAAUUUUCUCGAACUGUUACAUCUGCGGGCAUCAGAUAAUCCUGAGCUAGAGCAACACCUGCAAGGAACGUUUACAUUCAGCAGUCGAUAG